AUGAACGACGUGACGACGGCCUUUACGUCGGCCUGCAAUCGCCAUGUCCAAAAGUCCGGUGUUGACGAUAGCAGCCCAGGCCAAUCCUCCGCCGCGGAUCCAAACAACGGGCAGAAGCCAAGACAACGGCGACGGCAUUCGUUCUUCAUACCGCCGAGGCGCCGGUCCAUUGUCGGGCACAUCAUGGACGGCGAGGAAGGCCUGUUGCUGAGGGUCGACCUCUUCCUUACCGAGCUUGAGCGUCGGCUCGAUUACAUCGAAAACUACACCGACCUGAGCAUGGAUGCCAGCAUCUCUCGAGCAUUCUCCACGCUGCAGACCGUCCGUUCGAGAUGUUCCCAAGCAUCCGAGGAAGUCAUAGGUGAGGGAAGGCGCCGCCUCCAUGUCAUGGUUGAGACGCUCGAGACGAGAUACCAUGAAACAUUGGAGGCUGCUGAGUCGUUGAACGAAAAGGCACACCUUGCUGUUGAGCUGCUGGACGAGAUGCUCACGGAUUUCGAAACUCGUGCCCACAAGCUUCGGGAGCGUGGUCUAGCAAACGCUGCCAGUGCGGCCGGAGUAUUUGUCGGUGAGGGCAGAAGGGUUGCCAACGAAAGCUAUGAAAGGGCACGAGGGGUUGUUGAUGGGGGUAUCGAGAGAGCCAAGCGGGCUGCCCUCUCCCUCGAGGAACACAUCGAGCAGGCCAUUCUGCAGGCCAAGGAGAGAGGUCUUCUGCUUUACGAAGAACUCCCUGCGCCAUGGAGAAAUAAUCCACAUAUCUUGAAGGGAUAUCGCUUCUCGGAGACAAAGUUAGGGUGCGUACGAUCGGCAUUCAAUCUCUCCAACGAGUUCAUCAAUAUUUGGUCGCAUGCGCUUGGCCUUGUUCUGGUUCUCGCUGUGGCCUUUUAUUUCUACCCCACCAGUGCGAACUUCUCCCUGAGCAGCAAGACGGAUGUGUUUGUUGCCGCCAUCUUCUUCAUCAUGGCCUGUGUGACAUUGGUGUGCUCCACCGUCUGGCAUACCAUGAACGCCGUGGCCGAUGUCAAUGCCAUCUCGAUUUUUGCAUGCGUGGAUUACACAGGCAUCUCACUGCUGAUCGCAGCAUCGAUCAUGACCAGCGAAUACACAGCCUUCUACUGCGACCCCUUGAGCCGUUGGCUGUACAUGGGUCUGUCUGCAUUCCUUGGUAUUGGUGGUGUUAUCCUGCCAUGGCACCCCAGAUUCAACAGGCCAGACCAAUCCUGGCUUCGGGUUGCAUUCUUCGUCGGCCUGGCUCUGACAGGCUUCAUGCCUAUCGUGCAGCUAUCCUGGACACACGGGGUUGAUUUCGUCUACAGCUUCUACUCUCCCAUUUUCAAGUCAAUCCUCGUUUACUUUGGAGGUGCGAUUGUCUACGCCAGCAAGAUCCCUGAGAGGUGGUGGCCUGGCGUGUUCGACUAUGUCGGUGGCAGCCACAACCUCUGGCACGCGGCAGUUCUCGGUGGCAUUCUCUUCCACUACACUGCCAUGCAGCAAUUCUUCACCAAUGCCUUCAUCCGUGCGGAGGGGGGAUGCCCUGCAUACUAG